AUGUACGGCGCAGAAGUAUGGGGAUGGAGAGAACAAGGAUUGCUGGAGGAUGUACAAACAAGGUAUUGGAAAUGGGUACUAGGCUGGGCGACGGAGACUCCAGGGUAUGUAGUGAGGGAGGAGGUUAAGGUGGAUGCAAUUUUUAGACAUGGCGAUAGAACUCCAGACAGUUUAUAUCCAAAUGAUCCAUACACCGAAGAAGAUUUUUAUCCAUACAGAAUUGCUCAUUUAACAAAUAAAGGAAAAUUGACUUCCUAUAACCUUGGAACGUACCUCCGUAGAAAAUAUAAUAACCUUCUUGGAGAUGUCUAUACUCCGGAUAUUUUAAGUGCGAUUUCAUCUCAUCUUCCAAGAACUAAAGCGAGUCUUCAAGCUGUUUUAGCGGGUUUAUACCCCCCAUCCGAAGAAUUAAUUUGGGAGAAAAAUUUACUUUGGGAACCCAUACCUUACGAUUAUUUACCCGCCAAAGAAAACAUAUUAUUUAGUUCAGUGAGAAUUUGUCCAAAUGGACUUAAAUUGUUAAACGAAAAUUAUAUUAAACUCGACUCAGAUCCGAUAUAUCAAAAAUAUAAUUAUUUAUAUCCGUUUUUACUAGAAAAUUCAGGUUUGAAUGACAACUUUUACAAUGUGGCUAGAUUUUUAUUUUCAACAUUAAAAUCUGAAGAAGAUCUUGGUAUGGAAUUACCAAAAUGGACUAAAAGAACUUAUUCAACAAUAAAUGGCGUGAAUGAAGCAAAAAAUAAGAAAAUUUAUUUAUAUUCAGGUCAUGAUGAAAACGUUGCUGCAAUUUUAUAUUUCUUAGAUAAUUUUAUUGCGCACAUUCCGAAUUAUGGAGCACAUAUUAUUAUAGAAGUUCAUAAAUUUAGUGGAAUUUAUUUCCUAAAGUGCGGAAGCCGUGCUGUCUGGUUGCUAGUCCGCCUGUGCUCUCUAUUACAUUAUUUAAUCUGCUCCGAAGCAGCCUUCCAAGCAGCUUCCCCGCGGUGUCCAGCAUGCACAGGGGUCGCAUCGGGGAAAGUACCCUCUUUAAGGCAUGCGUUGUACAUGUGUAGCAUGACAUCAGGGAAUGUUGUAACGGCCACCUUAAGGGCCUCCGAAGGAAUUCCAUCUGGGCCUGGGGCCUUUCUAUUCUUCAUCGCCGCGCAAGCCUUAACUAAUUCCUCCUCGGUGAAAGGGGGAGCCUCGUUCGUGUUGAGUAGGGAUGUAAAAUUCUGCUUGGGUUGGUUUGGAAAGAGUGCGUUGACUAUGGGUAACAUCAUCUCGGCGUCAAACACUACAGGUGCAGAAGCGUGA